AUGCUCGUCGGCCGCCGUGUGACCUUCUGCCGCCCCAACGGCCAGCAUGACGGCACACUCCAGCUCCGCCACAACAACGAGCUACGCCUCAUCCGCAACGAGCCCAACUUCGCCAUCGUCAUCAACCCGCCCCUCCCCCUCCCCAACAGCCCCGUCCAUCCCUUCUCGCAGCACCCCUUCCAGCAACACGCCAAGCCCCACGACCCGCCAGUCCGCAGCCGCAUUACGUGGCACCCUAGUGUGGGCUGGACGACGGUCGCUGCCAACGACGGGGUCGUUUUCUCAUCUGCGAGUUCCCUGCUGAAGAGCCUGAUCGUGGUUCACCGGGUGCUGGCUGUGGGCGGCAUGUCCCAGUCGCCACCAAUGGCGGUAGACCGGUAAGUGGACGGAUGAAGAGGGCAGGUCGCUCACGCCAUGUGUCAAAAUGUGUGUCAGGAGUGCGCGUGGAGGUUAUCUGGAUGGCGUGCUGACUCGAUCACCUCACACGCCCCUUGACGACUGCUCACACGUGAUGGCACACGAGGUGGUCGGUGGGAUGUGUAGGCAAUCGCAUUGGCUGACAUCAUCAAACGACCCGUUCAUCGCAUGGAUUGCCAUGCGCAUCCCUCCAGGCGACAACCAGAACGGUACGCUUACACGUAAGAGACCAGCAAACCCACAACACCCCCAUGCUGUCGUGGUGUCUGAUUUUGUGCUCAUGGCUGCGUGCAGUAGAGGUCACCAUCAAUACCAGCGAGGCGCCAGCAGCAGGUGUGGCCAAUGACGAGCCUUCGCCCAGCGAUUCCCCCUGACGGCCGCCAAGGCCCGUCUCGUCCUCGGCCCCAUCGCGUCCAUCGUCCUCGACCGCCAGGCACCAUAGACAGGAGGUGAGGGCCACACACAUGAUGCAGAGAACCUGCUCUAUGUAUAUGCUGUAUGUUGGUGUGUGUUCUGUAGGGCGGCUGGCUGACGUCAAGGAAAGACACACAAGUUGAAGUAGCUGACUGUCUGGUGGGCGAGGGGGCCAGCGGACUGGUGUGUGGUGGUGUCUGCAUUGUAUCUGUUGGCUGCAUGUCGGCAUGGCAGUGACAAUGGACACAUCCGUGGACACAUUUGUGUGUGUACAGAGACAGAAGUGUGCGUGUGACAUCCGUAAUGCCCGUCGUCAUUGCCAGACUGUGUG